GUCCGAUGGUGUGUUAAAGGCGCCAUGGGGAGCUGCUGUAGCUGUCCCGAUGAAGAGAUCAUCCCUGACAACCAUCACAACAAAUUCAAGGUGAUAAACGUGGAUGAUGACGGUAAUGAGCUGGGCUCGGGUGUGAUGGAGUUGACGGAGGAAGAGCUGAUUCUGCACACGCGCAAACGAGACGCCGUGAAGUGGCCCUACCUCUGCCUGCGUCGCUAUGGCUACGACUCCAACCUCUUCCCCCUAGAGAGCCCCCCGCCGCCAAAAAACACCUCAGGGAUAUUUGCGUUCAAGUGCGCACGGGCCGAGGAGAUCUUUAACAUGCUGCAGGACAUCAUGCACAACAACAGCAUCAGUGUGGUGGAGGAGCCGGUGCUGGAGCCCGAGCUUCCAGUGACGCCUCACACUCCCACCACUCCUGGUUACUCUGUCCCGACGGUAGCCAAUGGGAUCGGCCGCUACCCGUCAUUCGGCGACGCCUCCUCGCGGCCGUCCAGCCGGCACCCUUCAGUGGGCAGCACUCGCUUACCGUCAGUAGGGGAGGAGUCCACACACCCUCUGCUGCUCAACGACGAGACGGUGCACACUUAUGUCAACACGACGGGUCUACAAGAGGAGCGGCGCUCUCGCGGUGGUGGCCACGCCCCUCUAGAGCUCCGGACGUCCAAUCCAGAUAGCGCAGCCCCAGCAUCGCCCAAUGAGCUGGAGCCACACGUGCUUCUGGAGCCGGAGGCUGUGAAGUUUGUUUUAGGCCCCACGCCUGCCCAGAGACAGUUGCUGCUCAAGGAGAGACAGCAAGAGCUGGGCGAGCAGGACACGGGAGCGGCGGGCCCAAGUACUGACGCCACUUCUCCCGCAAAAACUGUAAACGGCGGCACGGACUGCGACACGGGCUACGACAGCGACGAGCGCAAGGAGACGCCGCAUGAGACUCAUAACGGAGGAUCCGGAGCGAGACGCAACAGACCUCCCGUUCCGCUCCCAGACGCCCAUAACGCUAACAACUCAGCCCAGCGGCGGACCGCGCUGCUCAACUACGAGAACCUGCCGGCGCUGCCGCCCGUUUGGGAGACCCGCAAACCCAACAGCGAGGCGGAGGACGAGGAGGAACUCAAAUCUCCGUCUCUGAACGGCUUCCACUCGUUCGAUCACAACUACGUGAACACGGAGAAUGUCACGGUGCCACUCAGCGCACACAAACUCCACAGCACUCAGCCCACCGUAUUCAACUUCGACCUCCGCAGGCUCGGCCAGCUCAACUACAUCGAGGUGGAGAUGGACAAAGUGUCAGACUCCAGCGGGCCGCACACCCCAAAAACACCCACCACGCCCCUGCCUCCCACCCCCACGCGCCGGAUGGAGCUGUACGCUGUCAUCGACAUCGAGCGCACCGCCGCCAUGUCCAGCCUGCAGAAAGCACAGCCGCGGGACGACGGCACAUCCAGGAAAACACGACACAACAGUACCGACCUGCCCAUGUGACCCGAGCAGCCAGAACGCAGUUUAUCUCUCCAAAACACAUCUAGGUCACAUUUCACUACUGAAUAUAAACACAUACAUCAUUAUAUUCCAAAUUAAGCCUGUUUUAUACAUGCAAACUCAAAAUAAUUAAAAUUUUUCACCAGUCUCACCAAAGCUGCAUUUAUUUGAACAAAAAAUUUGAAAUAUUAAGAUUUUAAAUAAUGUUUUCUAUGUGAAUAUAUGUUAAAAUGUCAUUGAUUUCUGUGAUCAAAUCUGAAUUUUCAGCAUCAUUCCUUCAGUCUUCAGUGUCACGAUUCUUCAGAAAUCAUUCUAAUAUGCUGCUCAGUUAUUAUCAGUCAAUAUUGUUGCUCAGUUAUUAGUAAUAGUUCAUAUUAUUAUCAAUGGUUUUCGUUGCUUAAUAUUUUUGUGGAAACCAUGAUACAUUUGAUUUAUCACAAUUCUUUAAUGAAUAGAAAGAAAAGAAAAGCAUUUA